CCGGGUCCGAUACUUUCAGUUUAAGAAGGAAAAAAAUACUUCCUGAAUUCAGCAGAAGGAAGAAGGUGAAAUCACUUCGUUUUUCGUUAAAGAAAAGUUACUUAACCCGAAUACCUCACGUCAUCCUCUUCAAUAUAGCCGGGCGGCUGCAGAUUUCACAGGAGCAGUAGUCUGAGAGAUGGCAGAUCAGAUGGUGAAGGCUGCACGGGUCCAGCUCAUUCAGAGGCUGAACCAGGCCGUGGUGAAGGACCUGCUGGAUCUCCUCCAGGAGGAGGAGGUCUUGAACACCGGGGAGGUGGAGGAGGUGCUAGAGGGGAACAGCACCACCAAGGAAAAGUCGCGCUGCCUCCUGGACAUGCUGAUAAAGAAAGGACCCCGGGCCUGCCACACCUUCCUCUCCUUCCUGCAUGGGUUAGACCAGGAGCUGUGCACCAGCCUGGAGCUCUGAGGCCGAGAUCCCAGAAACAGCUGGGGGUGGGGGGUGGUGGUCCCCCCCCACACCCAGCACCUCUGUGUCCCCCCCCCUUCAAGCACAGCGGACUCUGGGACGGGCGUCAGUUUGACCCUUACCUCACAGGUACCAGCCACCACGAGGUGCCUGAGCAGUCAGGGAUUUCACAUGCCAGUUUUCCAGCAUUUGUUUUGUAAUAAAAUUCCAGUUUCCAGAGCA